AUGGCGAACCAGAGCCCCUUCGCGCAGAACUGGGAGCUCGCGGAUUUGGUGGAUCUGGUCUACCAGGGCGCCGCCGAGCGGCGCAUGGAGCUCGGCUGCGCGGCGCUGACCAUCGGCGUCACCGACCAGUACGGCGUGCCGACGUACCUGCGGAAGAUGCCCGAGGUCGGCUACACGAAGCGCGUCCAGAAGGAGCGGCCCGAGCCGAGCUGGAUCGAGCGGUCGCUGACGCUGAACCCCUGCAUCGGCGCGGCCCACUUCGCGGACUUCUCCCGGAACGUGCCCUUCGGGACGAUCCCCGUGAAGCACACGGACCGCGACCCGCUCCAGCAGAUCGGCGUCUACCUCCUUUUUCGGGUCGUCCUCGUCGCGACGGCGCUGGUGUUGGCGCUGGCCUUCCCCGCCGUGCGGAUCGGCGCGGCGCUCCUCGACUUCGACGAUAAAGCGGUGAUGAAGCGGCUGACGAUGCGGCUGAGCGUGCCCGUGCUCUACAUGGCGACGGAGAUGAAGUGCCUCUACAUCCGCAUGCAGGGCGCCAUCCCGCUCUUCACGCCCAACGGCGAGCUCACGGGCGCCAUCGGCUGCUACGCGGACCAGCCGCCGGAGAUCAACCAGGACUGCCUCGAGUACGGCAUCAAGUUCGCCGGCCUCCCGCUCAAGUCCAACUCCGUCGGCUACAUCUGGAACAAGGCCUACAUCUACACCCAGGAGCGCCGCGACGAGUUCAUCGGCAUGAACAGCCUCGACCCGCCGUGCUGGGUGCGCAUCACGCACCCCGCGGACGGCGCCGACGUCGCGCUCGACGGCGGCUGGCUGCCGCUGGGCUUCCGCGUCGGCGGCGCCGUCGACGGGCUCGACGUGUGCGUGCAGCUGACGAACAAGCGCGUGAGCUACGAGUCCUUCACGCACUGCGGCGCGGCGUCGGCGCGCGAGUUCGUGCUGUCCGGGUUCCUGCCCGGCGUCUGGCGCGCCAAGGCCUACCUCGCGGCGAGCCCGGGCCCGGCGGGCCUGCGGCGCGGCGCCGCGCCCGACGGCGACUGCGGCGGCCACGAGUCCUGGUUCCUCGCGGACCGCGAGGCCUGGGAGCGCGACGUCGGCCUGAGCGCGGCGCCCGGCGGCAACGGCACGCGGGCGCGGCGCGUGCGCGACCGGCUCCUCGCGGCCGCGCGCGGAGGCCUCGGCGCCGAGCUCCGGGCCGCGGCCCGAGGCCGCGGGGCCCUCGUCGUGUCCAUGGCCAACGGGCCCCACGUCGGCCUCGCGCUGAACAUGGCGUACUCGGCGCGGCGGAGCCGGUGCCCCGAGGUCUUCGUCUUCGCGCUCUCCGGGGCCGCGGCGCGCGACCUCGCCGCGCACGGCGUCGCGUCCUAUGCGCUCCCCGUCGAGGACGAGGCGGAGAUCGCGGCGCGGCGCGACGUCCAGAGCCGCGGCUUCGGGGGCAUCGCGAUAUUGAAGCCCGUCGCGGUGCUCGCGGUGCUCGAGGCGGGGCUCGACGCGUGGUGGGUCGAUACGGACGUCGUCCUCUUCCGCGACGUCGCGGCGCUGCGCGUCCCCCGGGCCGCGGACCUCGCGAUCCAGGCCGGCGGGCUCCACUCCCGCGACGUCGCGCGCGGCGAGGCCCACUUCCACGUCGAGGCCUGCACGGGCGUCUACCUCGCGCGGCGCGGCGCCCGGGGCCUCCUCGAGGCCGCGGUGCAGACGCUCGCGCACGUCCGCGAGGCGCUGUGCGACUUCCGGCCCGACGACGUCUGGUUCGGCGACCAGGCGGCGACGAACACGGCCCUCUUCGAGGCGCGGUUCCGCGGCGAGACGCGCCGCCGGCCGCCCGUCGCCGUGGUCCUCGACCCCCUCGUCGUGCCCGGCGGGGGGCUCUUCUUCGACGGGCCCCUCGGCGGCGGGCCCGACGACACGGCGCGCGUCGACCCGGUCCUCGCGCACAACAACUUCGUCGUCGGCGAGGCGGCCAAGCUCGCGCGGUUCCGGCAGCGGGGCUUCUGGUUCGCCGAGGACCAGCCCGCGGCCUUCGCGCGCGCGCUCGCGGACGCGCCGCCGCCGGGCGUCUGCGCGGCGGCGACGGUCCGCGUCGACGGCGUCGCGCCGCGCCUCGGCGCGCUCGCGGCGGCGGCCGGGGGUGCCGUCGGCGCGGGGACGGCCGCGUUCCUGCGCGACGCGCCGGACCUCUGCCGCCUCGCGCGGCGCGCGGCCUACGCGGGCCGCGUCGACGCGGACCUCGUGGUCGUCCGCGAGUCGUCGUGCGUCGACACGGGCGCCGGCCCGCGCGACUACGCGACCUUCGACGUCUGCGCGAAGCGGCACAAGCUCGUCGCGCUGCGCGACGCGCUGGCGCACUGGUCCCGCGUCCUGCUCCUCGACGACACGGUGGCCGUGCGGGCCGACGCGCCGGACGUCUUCGGCCUCGUCCCCGCCGUCGCAGUCGGCGCGACGGUCGAGGACGCGCGCGUGCGGCCCGAGGCCGAGGCCGCGCGGGCCCUGGACCUCGCGCGCGCGCGCUACGGCGUCGAGCGGCCCGGCGACGGCCGCUGGUUCAACAGCGGCGUCGUCGUCGCGAGCUGGGCGCACGCGUCGCUCGUCGCGCGGCUGCCCGCGGUCCCGCUCGACCGCGCGCUCCACUGGGACCAGGGCUUCCUCAACGCCAUGCGCGUCGCCUACGAGGCGCCCCUCGCCGACCUCGGCUACGCCUUCAACUACGUCGGCAGCUUCCUCACGGCGAACGCCGCGUCGCGGCCCUUCGAGUCGCCCGCGGACGCGUUCUUCGUCCACGGCACGACGGGGCUCCUCCUCCCGCCGGCGGAGCGGGCCGCGUUCCUCGCCAACGUCUCCGACGCCUGGGCCGCGCGGGGGCUGUAA